AUGUCCAGUGUGAACAGUGGACAAGUGAACAACUCGACAAAAUCCAUGUCAGACGAAAAAAAGCCAACCACAAUUCCGGGAGAUCAAUCGAGACUGGUCAAGGAGCAGAAUAGACAAACAAACCGAAGAACAUCAACCGAGAGGGCUAUGUCUUCGAAGGAUGUUAGGGAGAGAGGUAAAGGAGGUGGUAGACAACGUACUGGACAGUAUAAGAGACAACAAAAAACUUUUGACGGGUCUAAUCCAUAUCAACACGAACAAGCGUUAGAUUUUUCCCUUCAAGAGGAACUAGCCAAUGGCAGUUUCAAAGCUCAAGGCCGGAAAGCCAAACUUUCCAUUAACCAUCUGUUAGAUUUCCAAUUGCCAGAAGUGGAGAAAUCUAACGAAAGAAGAAGAGCCAACUUUUCAAGAAGAAGGAUUUCUGAUUCUGAACAUAUCAGCCUGACUGGUGACGCGUUCAUCAAUGUCAACUAUCGAUUACUUGUUAAAGAGGGCCACGAAUACCAAGAACAAGAUCAUAAUCCAAACGCCAUAGUUCCAGAUGAUCUAACGGUACGAAUCAUUGUACCACGUGGCCAAAACUGCCCCAUAUGUCUGUGUGACGAACCAGUGGCUCCACAAAUGGUCACAUGUGGACACAUCUUUUGCCGUAGUUGUCUGAUCAAUUUCUUUUCCGUCGAAGAAGUCAUCAAGAACAAUGAAACGGGCCAUGUUAAAAAGAGGAAAUACAAGGACUGUCCUCUUUGUAAUAACAUUGUGAGACCCCAGAGGGUCAAGAACGUUCUCUAUGAGACUUUAUACGCAGAAAACCAAAAACCUAGACCUGGAAAGGAGAUCAACCUAAAACUGAUGUGCAGACCGUUAGAGUCUAUGUUAGCUUUACCAAUCGUUCUGAAUAUCGAUCCUUGUUCGGUGGGUAACAUCCCUGAUAUAACGAUGACCGAAGCGUCCAAAUACGCAAAGAUAAUGAAGUGUGACUUACAGUACACUUUACACCUUCUUGAUAACGAUAUCAAUGCAAUCAAAACGCAAUAUGAGAUUGAUCAUGCAAUGUACAAUGAGAGUGACAAAUUCUCUAAUUUAGCCAUAGAACAGAUCAAUGAUGAAAUAUCACAGUUACUUUCCACUAGUGAGGAGAUACCGGGAGAGACAACACUGUCGAAAGGACUCUUCCAGCUAAAUCUGGGGGAUCAAAACACUAUGAUUUACGACGAUAAAACAGCUUUUUUCUUCUACCAGACUUCCUUUGAUACAUCAACAAAAUACUUCUUGUCGCCGUUGGAUAUAAAAAUACUGUUAGCCAUUUUUGAAUCCUAUUCCAACUUCCCACCAGACUUGAAUGUAACUCUCGAAAACGUGCAUUACGGGAACAUUGUCACAGAAUCGUUGAUUCGUCGAUACAAAUACAUGGGCCAUUUAGCACUCGGUACGGAGAUCGCAUACGUGGAUCUCGAUUGGAGGAAGAUAGAUUUUGUCUCAAGGGAGACGCUGUCGCAAUUCAACUCUGAGCUGAAACAGAGGCGCAGACAAUUCACCAUCAAGAAGCAGAAGGAGGACAAGAUGAAGAAGCUGUACGAGGUUAAACUGGAGGAAGAACAAGCCGCCUUUUAUAAAUCGGAGAGAGCAGACUAUGUGUCGUACGUGGACUCCGCAGAGUUCCAAAAGUUAAUGAAUUCGGAGGUAAUGUUGGACUCGUUAGCCGGUGCUAAGGACCGGCACGUACUGGACAAGGAAGAAAAACACAAGAAUAGAACGUACCGGGAGAAUACAGUGUGGGGCACAUCAAUUCAGAGGAUAUCGGAUGAAAAGACCUCCAAGGAGAACGAAGAGUUCACGGCGAUGCUCCUUCAAAGAAUGCAAGAGAAUAGUGCGGAAUCGUCGGGCUUCGAACCCACUAGUGCGGGAACUGAUAAGAGCCAAAAAAAGAAGAAAAAGAAAGGUAAAGUGCUUCUGUUUAGUACCUGA